AUGGAUCCAGCCUUCCCUCCCCUUUCUGGUUCUUCUAAACCCUCAAUAGUCCCAAAAAAUCUUAACACUUCUUCAUCAGAAAACACCCUAAAACCUAAAUCUAAUUGGAGUGGAGCAGCUGGUAGAUCGAGAACAAUUCUCCCAAGUUCAUCGGCUGAUUUGUGUUAUCGCCCACCAGUAUUGGUUGACGGUCGUCUUCUUCCUUACAUUCAAGUGAAGGGAGCAAUAGAGAAAGCGUGGAAUCUUAAGGGUGAACUUUCCAUGACAGUACAUGAAGAGAAAGCCUUCAUUCUAAAAUUUACUUUGGAAGAAGAUAGAAUCACAGCUCUUGAACAUGGCCCAAUGUUCAUCUCUCACACCCUUUUCAUAGUCAUAAGAUGGGAACCUUUCAUUGAGCAACAACUAGAGAACAUUCAAGCUAUACCAGUUUGGAUGACCAUCAGAAAAGUUCCAGUAUAUGUUUUCAACUCUACAGGGCUAAGCUUCAUAGCUUCUGUUGUAGGGAAACCUCUGCUCCAAGAUGGACCAACGGCGGCAAGAACUAGAAUGUCUUUUGCUCGUGUUUAUGUAGAAAUAAACCCCAAAUCUGUACUCAAGAAGGAGAUCACAGUCGUGUUUGAUGAUGGGUAUAAAUGCACUGUUGAUGCUGAUUAUGCUUGGAAACCAGCCCAAUGCCCAAGUUGUUCGACCUUUUGUUACAGUGAAGCUCGAUGCCCAAAGAAGGUUAGGGAACAACCAACUCCCACCUCAACUGCAUUCUAUGCUCCCAAACCUAAAUCCAAUGUUGCAACUUCAAGUGAUCCAAUGCGCACGCAAAAUUCAGAGUCUACACCUCCCACAGAAGGCUCAUAA